AUGUAGACAGAUAGGCUAUAUAAAGCCAUGCUAUUGAUUAGCGAAAGGCCGCAUCAGUCCGGCUCUGUGCUCUUUCUGAUCAGCGUUUUCUCCGAGACUGUGCGCUGAACAGCAGACACUAGAGGGCCCUGUGGUGUCUGUCUGUUCUUGCGUCCUCCUGGAGGUCAGACUGACGCAUGCGCAUGCAGGAGUUCCGCGUGCGCUGGAUAAUAUCUGAGCAGCAGCUCGUGUGUUGACAGCAGCAGCAGCAGCAGGAUGAGCUCCGCGCAGGACGGGGGCAGAGGAGGCGUGCAGCAGCCGGCUAGCAGCUCCGCGGACUCGGGCUCGGGCUCCAGGAGUCCCGGCCUCCGGGGCGUCAGAAGCACCUCACUGUUCCGCGCGGUCAACCCGGAGCUCUUCAUCAAACCUAAUAAGCCGGUGAUGGCUGUGGGUCUGCUGAGCCUCACGCUGUGUGUGGGGUACCUGGGCUAUCUGCAUGCGGUCAGAGACAACCAGCAGCAGCUGUACGAGGCUGUGGACAGCCAGGGAGAGAGACACAUGAGGAGGAAGAGCUCCAGAUGGGACUGACUGACCAGACCACUCCAGCAGCAGCAGCAGCAGCAGCAGCUUCACUUGAUUGUGUUUAAGUGAUACACCUGAUCUGGUCACGUCAGUGGAAGUGUUGCUCUUCCUCUGGUUCAUGCAGCAUGGCUUUACACACUGACUUGGUCUCAUAAUCCUCUUAAUUACUAACCAACACUAGGUGCCAUACAUACUGGUUUGGGUAGAGUUGAAUGAUACAGCUGGGUUAAUAUGCAACACUAUGGCUUAUUGGGGGAAAACUGCCAAGUUAAUUACAUUCACCUGAUCAAUGGGCCGUAACGUUGUAACACAGUGAAAGCUUUAAACAUGAUUUUAGAAUAUGCACAUCUGUUAAGUGGAGUAAAUUAGUCUGAAAUUAGCAUAUUUAUGUAUUGGGGUCAAUGACAAAUAAAAUCAUUCAUUUU